AUGGCCAUCAAAAGACUGGUGCGAUACGGCGAUUGGGAGAGCCCCAUCACAGUCGAUACCGUCACCUCCAAAAGCCGGACCGUCGCCUCGCCGCGCGUGCAUCGCGGAACUGGACGCGCCUUCUUCAUCGAGUCCAAGGACGAUGGCCGCAAAGGCAUCGUGGAGAUCACGCCGGAUGGCCUGAGGGACUUGCUGCCGGCCCCUUACAGCGCCAGCAACACGGUAUAUGAGUAUGGCGGCUCUGCCUACGACGUACUCGCAGACGGGCGCAUCGUCUUCUCCCACAAGGACAACACCGUCAAGAUGCUGGAUCCCGAUACCAGCAAGGUGUCCGAUCUGGCCGGUGGCUCGGGGCUGCGGUAUUCCAACUUCAGUGCAAACCCCAAAAGCCCGUGGGUGCUGGCCAUAGAGGAGGACCACGCGAUCCCCACACCAAAGGGCAUCCGGAACUACGUUGUAGCCAUCAACGCGGACACUGGCCAUGUCAAACGGGUCGUCGAGGGCGCUGAUUUCUACUACACGCCCCAGUUCAGCGUCGACGGCAAAAGGCUGACGUGGAUGGAGUGGGAUCAGCCCAACCUGCCUUUCGCGGCCGCCAAGAUCUUCGCCGCCGAUUGGACGUCCUCGCCCGGCGUCGAGAACGCGGUGCUGGUCGCGGGCGAGGACCGCGAAGGCGCCGCCGAGCCCCGAUGGGGUCCCGACGGGAGCCUGUUUGUAUGCAUCGAGACGGACGGGUUUCGGAAACUGUUCCGCCUGGCCCCGGGCGCCGAGAAGCCAUCGCAGAUCAAGCUCGAGGGGCUGGAGAAGGCCGAAAUCGGGGAGAUCCGCUGGUUCCAAGGAAGUCACACGUAUGCGCCGCUGUCGGCCCGCUACGUCGCGGCGGCCGCCAUCGUCUUCGGCCAGGCGAAGCUGAUCCUCAUCGACCUCGACAAGAACGACUGGAAGCCCGUCGGCCCCCCCGACAUUUGCGGCGUCGUGUUCGACGCCAUGAUGCGGAUGAGCGACGAGUCCCUGCUCCUCGUUGCCGACCAGACGGCCGCACCGCCCGCGCUGUACAAGAUCGACAUGUCGACCGGCGAGACGACGACUAUCCGGGAGACGACGGACGAGAAGCUGGACGGCUCCCUCUUCUCGCGACCGGAGCUGGUCAAGUUCCAGUCAAAGGGCUCGCCGCCGCGCACCAUCUACAGCACCCUGUGGAUGCCGCGCAACCCAAAGUUCCUGGCCCCCGACAACACGCUGCCCCCGCUCGUCAUCUCGUCCCACGGGGGGCCGACGAGCUACACCGGCUCCGGGCUCAACUUGCGCACGCAGUACUUCACCUCCCGCGGCUACGCCUACCUCGCCCUGAACUACACGGGGUCGACGGCCCACGGCCGGGAGUACCGCGAGGCCCUGUUCGGCCGCUGGGGCGUCAUCGACGCCGACGACGCCGCCGAGGUCCCACGUGUACACCAGACGUAUAUCAUGCGGGCCGGUUACCCUGAAAAUUGCCCUCGUUUCGCGUUCGUGCGGCACCCGGGCGCGUUCGACGCCGGGUUCUGCGUGUGCGGCGUGAGCGACGUCGAGAAGCUGGGCGAGUCGACGCACAAGCUCGAGUCCGAGUACAUGGGCGCGCUCGUGCUCGACCCGGGCAUGACGGAGGCGCAGAGGCGGGAGAGGUACCGCGAGCGGAGCCCCCUGUUCCACGCCGACCGGAUCGGGGCGCCGCUGUUCCUCCUGCACGGCGUCGCCGACACGGUGGUGCCCGUCGAGCAGGCCCGGCUCGUGUACAAGGCGGUCAAGGACAAGGGCGGGGACGUGCGCAUCAGGGAGGUGGAGGGCGAGGGGCACAUGUUUGGCCAGCCCGGGAGCCCGAGACUGUGGCUCGAGGAGGAGGAGGCCUGGUGGAGGUCGUACUUGGUUUGA